AUGAAGAUAUCGAAUUUCAACGUCAGUGCCCUCUUACUUGCUGCAAUGGCAGUAACUCCAGCCAGUGGUUUCGUUACUAGUACUACUAAGAACAACAAUCCCUCUUCUUCACGCCACAUCUUGGCCUACUCUCGACAGCAGCAGAUGUCACGACCCAUCACUCAUCUUCCAACCAUGGACCUAUCUCCUCGAUCGAACAACUUGGUCAAAUUGCAAGCUGCUUCCAUCAACGAUUCCGUCAACGAUAUUAAAAACGAGAUUACUAGUUCCUUUUCUCGCUUGGAAGGAAAACGACGACUUGGGUUUGGAAUGGCAUUCUUGACAGGCGUCAGUGAUCUUGCGCUCAAUUUGAAAUACAAGUGCUUUGCCACCAUGAUGACUGGAAAUACCAUGUGGAUGGCCUUGGCAAUGGUAGAACAACGGUUCACGGAUGUUGGCUUCUACGCAUCGGUCAUCUUGUCGUAUCUUGCAGGUCUUGCUGUCUUUCGACAAUCCGAUGUGGCACUCAAAAAGAGGAAUACCCUUCCCCUUUCCGCCUUUUUUACAGCAGCCCUCUUUGUUGGGAGUGAUGUCAUGUUUAGCAUGUACGGGAGUCGCUGGAUUCCCACAAUGAUGUUGGCCAUGGGAUUUGGAAUUGUCAAUUCGGUCGGCCAGGAUUGUACCGGGACCCUUACCUUUGUCGUGACGGGAAGCUUGACACGAAUGAUGGCCCAAAUUGUAGACCGUGUUUCCAAGAGUGCAGGACAAAAGAAGCUGACAGUCCAGGACAAACAAGGAUUUUUGUUGAAUGCUUCCAUUUUUGGAGGUUUCUUUUGUGGAGCCGCCUUUGCAGGUGUCCUCAAGGCCAAGGGAAUUCUAGUCCAAAAGCUCGGUGUCUUUUCUGGAAUCGGUUUGUCCUAUGCCCUGUUGUUCCUAUGGAAGGACAACAUAUUUCAGUGGAAAUCGAACUGA